UUAGUAAAUUAUUAAGAAUUUUAUUAUUUAUUUUUGCAAAGUUUCAAGAAGUGUGAAUGUAGUUGUAGACCAACACAGUCAAUAGUAAGAAUAAAACAAAGCUGAGAACAAGAAUACAUAUAAAUAUAUUUUAUAAAAAUCAUGCCGAAUUUAUCGAGUAUUUCUCACUCUACAUUGAAGAUCAUCUUUGUCAUACAUUUUGUCCUCACAACAUGGGGACUGCAAGGAAGAUGGUGCCCGCAAUCGGCAAUUUUUUAUAAUUUAUUAUUUUUUGGAUGUUUAAUUUGGGCUACGCAUAAUACUGAGUCGGAUGAACCUUUACAGUUUGCGCUGAUUAUAAAUGUCCUGGCAAUAUUAUUCGACGUGAUAAUGCUAGCGAUUUACUUCAAUGGUGACAAUGCGUCCCAGAGAUUCAGCGGGAUCCUGAUGAUCGCUAAUCUGAUCUUCCGGCUCUUUUCGACCAAGUAUCUGGUGAAAAUCGGCCAGCAAAGAGGCGGAACUCUUGCUACAUUAUUUCCUUCUGGAGCUGGAGAGUUUGGAAGACAACAGUAUGAAGAUAUUUCGUACCCAGUACCUGAGAACAACGACUUUGCUGGAAUUUAGGAGGACUUUUUUCAGUAUGCUUAAUGUAUAAAUACAAUUGCUAUUUUUUAAAUAUUUAUCAGCGGCACUAACUUUAAUAGCACAUUUUUAUUAUAAAUAUCUACGAAUUCAAUCACCGAUACUGUUAAAGUUUAAAAUAAUUAUGUAUCAAAAUAUUUAA